GCCGGUUGUACAUCAAGUCCGCAAUUCAAAUUUGCUUUCCGUGUGGUCUUUGUUAUCUCGUAUUUGUAUACAGGUGUUGACUGGCCAAGAAUUAUGUUCGUGCGCCGGAGUAAAUUUAAACAUGUCUUCGGGAAACCUUGCAAGAAGGAAUGCUGUUAUGAAGACAUUCGAAUAACGAAAAGUAGUUGGGAUGCUCGUUUUUGUGCUGUAAACCCUAAAUACCUUGCGAUUAUUACCGAAGCUGCGGGGGGUGGAUCAUUUCUUGUUUUACCUAUUGAAAAGGUUGGCCGUGUAGAACGUGAUGCUCCUCUCGUUGCUGGACAUACGGGAAGUGUAUUAGAUAUACAAUGGUGCCCACACAAUGAUGAUCUUAUUGCCAGUGGUUCAGAGGACUGUACUGUGAAAGUUUGGCAAAUCCCAGAAGGUGGACUGUUACCCAAAACAAAUCUGACUACACCCGUAGCAGAUUUGGUAUGUCACCAGCGCCGCGUUGGUUUGGUUGUCUGGCACCCAACAGCUGAACAUGUAUUAUUAUCUGCAGGUGCUGAUAAUAAGGUGUAUAUAUGGAAUGUUUCUACAGAAGAGCCAUUGGUUGAGAUGAAAUUCCCAGAUAUUGUUUUAUCUGCUUGCUUCAAUUAUAAUGGUUCUCGUUUGGUUACAACUUGUAAAGAUCGGCGUACAAGAGUGGUUAACCCACGUGAUGGAAAAGUUAUUGUUGAAGGUAUUUGUCAUCAAGGCACCAAACCACAAGAAGCUAUUUACAUUAAAGACGAUCGAAUUUUUACUACUGGUUUUUCACCAAUGAGCGAACGACAAUUCGCUUUAUGGAAUAAAGACGACUUUAGCGAACCUUUACACAUUCAAGAACUGGAUACAAGUAAUGGUGUAAUGUUUCCUUUCUAUGAUUCAGAUACCAAUUUGGUGUAUCUUUGUGGAAAAGGUGAUAGUACAAUCAGAUAUUUCGAAAUUACCGAUGAACAACCAUAUGUACAUUAUAUCAAUAUGCUUACUAGUUCUGAUCCACAACGAGGAAUGGGUUGGAUGCCAAAACGAGGAUUAGAUGUUAAUCAAAAUGAAAUUGCUAGAUUUUAUAAAUUACAUGCGAAAGGUUUAUGUGAAGUUAUUCCGUUCACUGUACCUCGGAAAUCAGAACUAUUCCAAGAUGACCUUUAUCCAGAUACAAUUGGUGAUAUGCCUUCAUUGACAGCUGAUGAAUGGAUGUCCGGUAAAGAUGCGGAUCCUAUUUUAAUAUCUCUAAAGGAGGGUUAUGUUCCAAAAUCGAAACCGAAAAAACGUAUUGGGAAGUUAAUCGCAUCCACUCCAGCAGCAGAUAAAGAAGAACAAGAUUCAAAUUUGACAGUUCCACAAACUAAAGUAACAUCGCAUCAAAAUCGACAACCUGGCUCUAAAUCACCAAAUCCUGAAAAUCCUCCUAAAUCUGACCAUCUAGAUGCAAGUCGACAACGAUUAACUAAGAGUACCCCACCUAAAGAUACUCCAUCUUCUGAACCAGUGAAUGGUAUUUCAACCGGUGCUUGUCAUGCAAAUCACACUGGUAUUCAUCAUCUCAUGGAAGAUAUUCGCAAAAUGAAGAUAAUUAUUAAAGGUCAUGAAAGGCGUAUACAAAAUUUAGAAGAACGUCUAGAUUUGACCGAUAGUGGUGGAGAUUGUGUAUCUUCCAUGUCUGUCAGCUCAAUUAAAUAACUGUACACUUACAUCAUUCGUCAGGCCUACAACAAUACCCCCUUUCAUCUUUAUUAUUAUCUGUUAUUUGCUACCAGUACGUUUACUAAACACUGUGUAGAUCAUGUCAUAUUUUUCGGAUUGAACAGAAUAACAAUGACAAUUAACCUAACCAUGAUCUAUCGAUUGCAUGUAUUAUUCUGUAAGCUUUUUUAAUUUGUAAUGAACAUCAGAAAAAAUCUGUCUUCCAUUCACUGAACAAAAUCAAACAUAUAAGCUCAUUUCUUUAUCUCUAUGAUCAGCUCUUUUCAGUCUUAUUCUGUUCCCCCCUUUAUUUAUCUGUGUGUAUGUGUGAAUCAAUUGAUAAUUGAUUAGUUGUUCAAACAAACAAUACUUUUUAGCAUUUAUUAACAAAACAAUAUAUAUAUACUCUUUGAUCGUUUGCCUUUUUUCUUGUUCUUCCUCUAAGACAUAAUGUGCGGUUUUAAUAGUUUACAAAUUUACAUUUUUGCUAAUUAGUUUACUUUAAUACAACAAACGCAUAUACGUAGUCUUUGCAUUAUACCUUUAUAUGCCUUUACAAUUCACUAAGAAUGUGCCACAUCCAUAUAUGUAUAUAUGGGCUGUGAUUGCAUGUUUACCUGUGUUUACUUAUUCAAUGUGUGUGUGUAGGAAAAAUUUAUAAAGUUGAUGUAACGCACCAGUGCCCAUAAAUUCUCUUUUCUUUACUACACAUAAACACAUUGUUAAUGAUUUCGAUGUCUGUUUCUGUUUCUUCGUUUUAACACCGUUUUCCAGCAAAUGAUGAGAUGUUUCUCUUCAGAUUUAUUAUAUAUAUAUAUAUAUAUAUAUAUAUAUAUAUAUAUAUAUAUAUAUCACUUUCCUGUGUGUGUUACUUGCAUGACAUCUUUUUAUUCUAUCAGUCUAUCUUUCUCAUUGUUUUCUUGUAGUUUAGGUGUUUAUAUUUCCUGAGUCACUAGAUCGUCUUAGACUAUUCAUACUGAAUUCUAUGUAGAUUUUUUUAAAAAGUUCUAUUUAACUGUAUUUCUGUAAUUGUUUACAAACUUUACAGCUUCUUUACCUCAGUUUAUUCGUCUUGAUAUUAUAUACGUGAAUGUGUGCCCCUUUUGUCUUUACUUUUUAAUCAAUGUCUGUGGGAUUUCACUUUUUCGAGGAAAUAAAACUGAUUAUCAAAUGGAAUUUUGAUGACUUAGAACUCAGAAAUGUUCUCAUUGAAUUAAUGCCUUUAGUUAAUGUUAUUUGUUGUUCAUUUAGGCGUUAUCGUUUAUACUGUUACUGUUGCUAUUUCAUUAUUUUCAAGGUGGAGAAUAAUAAGUAUCCUGAAAUGGAUUUGUUUGUUCUUUACCUUUUGUAAAACAGUUUUAUUUAAUGGGCUUUGACAGGCGACUCUGUAUAUACUUUUUUCCAUGAAUAAAAAUCAAAAUACUUU